GGCUGUAUGGUCAUUCUCAGUUGUAUGAUCAUUCUUAACUGUCUGUAUGGUCAUUCUCAGUUGUUUGUAUGCUCAUUCUCAAUUGGCUGUAUGGUCAUUCUCAGUUGUAUGAUCAUUCUCAAUUGGCUUUAUGGUCAUUCACAGUUGUAUGAUCAUUCUCAAUUGGCUGUGUGGUCAUUCUCAGUUGUAUGA